GAAGGAAAAACCUUCCGCAUUGCGAAUUAAAGGCGAGUGAAUGAACACGCGGUCUAGACGAUAAUGAAUCAUAACUCUAAUUGUUUCUGAAGAGUUUUAAUCAAGCCUCAACACGCGAGAAGUUCAGUGUAGUGAGUUAGAGAGUGAGCGACAACUGUUUUUACCUGUAAACACCUUUGUCUUUUUGUGUCGUGCCUGAGGGAGUGCGCGAGACGCACGUCAUUUCCCCGAAGUGCGCCGCUUCCCUGGAAACCUCGCGCUGUCUCACUGUUUCACUGUCUCAAUGAAGAUGUGCUUCACCUCACUUGGAAAACACUAAUUUCGACAGGAUUUACACUUUUUACUCCAGUUGUAUAAUGUGCAUACUGGAUUGAAACUCGCCGGGAAUAAUGCGGACACAGAUCUAUAUCAGUGUCACUGUCUUGAUCCUGUUUUUAAAAAAAUCCGACUUGGAGGCUGUGAGAGUCCCGUCUCCUGAGAGCGUGUCUGUUCAGUGUGACAGCUAUGGAGUCGAAGCUCGAUGGAAAUAUCCUGAGGUUCAUCAGGACGUUUACUUCCAGGUGAAGGUGAAAGAUGAGUUCACUGAAAGGGACUCUAAUCGUACAAAAAAUCUGCAUUUAAACAUAUCCAGCAUGCUGUUUCGGCCAGCAUACAACCGUUACUGUGUCACCGUGACGGCUGUGCGUGGAGGAGAGAAGUCAGACCCAUCUGACUUUUUUAUCUUCAGCUUUAAUGAAAAGGCUGCUGCCUAUAUUAAGUGUUAUUUGGAUUUUCCUGAGGUUGAACUUUCUCCUAAAGACGGCAGACUUCACGUCCAGUUCACCAACCCUCUUCAUCUGUACAGAAACUCACCGGCUCUGCGUGACCUCAGCGAUCAUCUGGAAUACUGUAUCGAAACAGACCAGGGGAAGAAUAAAGUCUGUGAAACCUGUCAAAUGAAGCAAAAUGCAUCAUGUGAGACGUCUCUUGUGUUUUCUGAGCACAGAGGCGAAUACUGCUUCAGUCUGACUGGAAAUAUUGGACAGAGUAUUUUCAAUCCCAGAAGCAGCUGUUUCACAGGAGACAUACGAAGAUAUACUCCGUUCACCGUGUACUUGUAUCCAGUGCUGGGGGUCACUUUAACACUGCUGUUCAUAAGCGGCAUCAUUAUACUGUUAGAGAAGAAGUGCAACUCAGAAAUGAAGAAGAAGGUCCCCUCUAUGUUCCCGCAUUUCUUUGAUUUCGGUGAAACACAAUCGCACCUGCCGAAAACACUGUGUGUGGUGGCAGAUAAAGUGGAGCCACAUCUGCAGAUCGAACUGGUUGAGGACCCUGAGGAGCAAACAUCGCUGGUACCAUUGUCCGAUAACAAGGAUCUGGAAAGAGUCUACUCAGAAGAUAAAAACUCCUAUGGGCCUAAUGACCUUGUUGAAGAUGAGCAGAGUGACCUGUCUGAUUUUUACGACUGCCCACAUGCUCCCAAGCAAAAACGGGAGAUGAGUCCUGGAGAUACGGUAGAUAGUUACGGACCCAAACUGCUUUAGAGGCCUAGAAGUGAAGGAAAGCACCAUAAUGGUUGCAAAAUCCCCAUAGCUAUUGUCUAGAUGUGUCCUGGAAACAUGAGAUGGGAUGGGACUGUUUGUACAAGCACAAGCCCUCACAUGCCUCAUGAAAGGAAGUCCUCCGGGCUUUCAAUGGAAAACCUGUUUGGCGUUUGCCUUCAUCUCAGCACUCCUUUUAUUGGAAACGAAACUCCUCGUACACCAACUUAGGGAAUUGCUUUAUCCUUUUUCUUCCAAUUUUGAGCAUUAUUUGUUCAUUAGAUAUAUUUUUCUACAAACCGUAGCUUUAUUUUUUGUGCGAACAGUCUUAGCUUGUGGCCUUUGAACAAAGUUUUACAACAUCCUUUACCAGCACUUCUCAGGUCAUGUGACUUCAAGUCUUUGGAUUUAUGCUGCAUUCUUGUACAUCUCAUGGGAUUUACCGCCAUUACAAAACAAUUACUGACUUCCGGUGGCUCUUUUGGAAUAUUUACAACACCAAAUAGAUCCUUGCUUGGCUUUGAUGUGUUGAUUACAGAAAACACUUUAUUAUUACAGUAAUUCACCUUUAUAUUUAUUUUUUUAUAAAUAUGAAUGCACCAGCUAUAAUGAGCUGUAAUAAAAUGUCACACCAAGCAGAACACUGUACACUUCUGUUCAAAAAGUUUGUGGUCAGUACGAUACCUUUUAAAGAACUGAUCCAGCGACACAGAACGUUCCCCUAACGUUAGUUUUUGGUUCCCGUUUGGUUAUAUUUUGGAACCAAACAUUUUUAACUGGGGAAUAUUUAUUCAGCAAGGAUGCAUUAAUCAAACGUAUAAUGUUGCUAAAAUAAAUGCUGUUCCUUUUUACCUUCUGUAUUCAUAAAAAACUACAGCAUCAUGGUUUCUAUAAAAAUAUAAGGCAGCAGAACUGGUUUCAACUGAUAAUAAUAAGAAAUCUUUUUUAAGCAGCAAAUCAGCCUAUUCAUUUCUGGAGGAUCAUGUGACACUGAAGACUGGAGAAUGGUGCUGGAAAUUUUACUUUACAACACAUGAAUACAUUUUAAUAAUAUGAAACUGUAAUUUUUUAAUUGUAAUAUUUCACAAUAUUACUUUAUUUUUUUUAUCAAAUAAACGCAGUCUUGGUGAGCAGGAGAGACUUUUUUCGAAAACAUUUAAAAAGAAAAUCUCACUGAUCCGUAACCUUUGAACAGGAGUGUGUUUAAGUUGCUCCUAGCAGUCUCUUAAAGACGCUGUCAGUUUGGGGGUUUUGUGUGAUGUCAGAGCUCUUACAAAACACUUCCAGCUUGCAAUUAGCUUGCAACAAAGAUGUGAACAUUUUUGCCAAUUGCUGUAAUUCUGACACGACGUGACCACAGAGCGUGGUCAUGUAGCAGAUCUUCAACAUGCUCACUACAUGGUGAAAACAGGAACUGUUGAGGUCAAAAUUGUUUAUUGUUCAAUCCUUUGAAUGGCAUUUAUGCACAAUACAUAAUGAUGGGAGAAGACGAGAGAUUUUCAUCAUGAUGAACUGACAAGCCAAUUUAUAAAGCCAUUCUAUCCAGAUACCGGCAUCUGAUAGUUUGACAUAAUGUGCCAAUUUAAAAAGAAAAAAAUAUUGUUUUUUGUUGUUGUUGUUUUAUAUUGUGUUUUUAUUAAAACCAGAUUGGGAUUCUAUGGGGAAAAAAA